AUGGAUGAGGAUCAAGGGCCAGCCGCUGCCUUGCCAGGGCAACAUGUUCGAACUUCGCGAUCGCCACUGGCCAGGCUGAAGCGGACUUUUUUGACCAAGGAGGGACUACUCGGCGACUACGAUUAUGUAUUCCUGUUUAAGCCGAAUCUCCCCUUCAUGAAGCGGUCGCUGCAAGCCGCUCCCUUCUUUGGACUGAAUGACCGAAUGCCAGUCUUCCUGGCUUUGCUGCUUGGACUUCAGCAUGCCCUGGCCAUGCUUGCUGGCAUUAUAACGCCACCGAUCAUUCUAGCAGGCUCUGCAGGAGUCAACUUGACAACUGAGAACCAACAAUACCUCGUAUCCACAGCUCUUAUCGUCUCAGGAAUACUGUCGCUCAUCCAAAUUACUAGAUUUCAUAUAUACAAGACUCCAUACUACAUUGGCACAGGCGUCAUCUCUGUGGUGGGAGUUAGUUUCUCAAUCAUUCCUGUAGCAGAAGGCGCAUUUGCGCAAAUGUAUGCCAAUGGGUAUUGUCCAACGGCAGAGGAUGGGACGCUGCUCCCGUGUCCAGAUGGUUAUGGUGCUCUUCUCGGUACCGCCGCCGUUUGCGCUUUGCUUGAAAUCUUGAUCGCUUUUGCUCCGCCCAAGAUCAUUCUCAAGAUCUUUCCUCCUAUUGUCACUGGGCCAACGGUCAUGCUCAUUGGUAUCAGCUUGAUUGAGAGUGGCUUCCAAAAUUGGGCGGGUGGUAGUGGCGGCUGUGCUGCUACAGAUCCUACUGCGUACUUUGCUUUAUGCCCAAACAUUGCGGCACCUCACGCCCUCCCGUGGGGAUCAGCUGAAUUCCUGGGACUCGGUUUCUCUGUAUUCCUAACUAUCAUCCUUUGCGAACGAUUCGGCUCCCCAAUCAUGAAGUCUACUAGUGUCAUCAUUGGUUUACUUGUGGGUUGUAUCAUUGCCGCAGCCUGUGGCUACUUUGACCGCAGUGGCAUCGACUCAGCACCCGUGGCGUCCUUCAUUUGGGUGAAUACGUUCAAGCUCAGUGUUUACGGGCCUCUGGUCCUGCCCAUGUUGACCGUUUUUAUAAUUUGUGCCUGCGAAGCCAUUGGUGAUGUUACGGCGACAUGCGAUGUCUCUCGCCUCGAGGUCCAGGGUGAGAUCUACGAGUCGCGCAUUCAAGGUGGCGUGCUCGCGGAUGGUCUGAAUGGAAUUCUUGCUGCACUCAUGACCAUGACGCCAAUGACCACAUUCGCCCAAAACAAUGGUGUCAUUGCUCUGACACGUUGUGCAAACCGCACAGCUGGAUACUGCUGUUGCUUCUUCCUGAUUCUGAUGGGCAUAUUUGCCAAGUUUGCUGCCGCAUUGGUUGCGAUCCCAUCAGCAGUAUUGGGUGGCAUGACUACGUUUUUGUUCUGUGCUGUUGCUGUGUCUGGAAUUGCCAUCAUUACAAAGGGCGUUCCUUUCAACCGUCGAAACCGAUUUGUACUUACAGCGGGUCUGGCGAUCGGUUAUGGCGCAACUCUCGUGUCCAACUACUUUUCCAGUGUCUUCACCUACAGCGGCGACAACCACGCGCUGCAAGGCUUCCUUGACGCCAUCGUACUUAUCAUGGAGACAGGAUUCGCCGUAACAGCAAUAGUUUGCAUGAUCCUCAACCUUACUAUUCCUGAGGAGAUUGAGGAAAUCAGGGAGACUGCGAGCGAUCACUCUGCCAUCAUGGGUUGGCAUGCCGAUCAAUCCAACCCGCCUGCUACUGGGAGUGGUAGCUAUCCGAUAGAACAGAGUCGUGGGAGUGGGGACAAUGGGGAGAAACGCUUGUAA